AUGUCUUGGAAAGACUAUUUUGGCUUCAGCGAUCGGCUGCGAGCCAUACAGUCUCUCACCACGGCCUAUCAGCAAGCAAACUCUUCGACCGCAUUUGCAGAUGCCUUAGCCAAUGCAAAGCAGUCCGAAGCUGAUGCAUAUAACAACUCGCUUUCUAAAGAAGAGUACGAUUCCAUCUGUCAGCGGGCAAUUGACGCAGCUGAGAGAGACUACCCCUCCGACUCGGUUAUCGGUGACCUAACUCAUGCCCAAGAUGACGACGAGGAAAUACAGAGCUCACAUGGAGAGGUCUUUGGUGAAUAUACGUCUUCUUUCCCCCACUUUGAUGGCCUACACUCUACCAUUUACAAAUCAAAGGGACCCGAUGGAAGUGUUGUAGCUAUAAAAGUCACUAUUCCGCAUAUGAUGACAGCUCCUCAUGAUGCAAAGCGCGAGGCGCGGCUGCUCCGCGAAGCCCACCAUCCAAAUGUUAUGCCUUUAACAGAGACCUUUAACCUUGACGGUGGCAGAUUUGUGAUGGUUUUCCCAUUCGUGCGGUACGAAUUUGAACACUUGCUGCGGCGCGAUAUGGUGACCGCAUCUCAGAUCAAGUCGAUUCUUCGGGACAUGUUUCUCGCGCUUUCCCAUCUUCAUGCACUAGGCAUCAUUCACCGAGACAUAAAGCCUUCGAAUAUUCUGAUGAACUCACCGAAUGGACCUGCCUAUCUGGCAGACUUCGGUAUCUCGUGGAAAGAGGGCGAUGCGGGAUCGGAGGCACCAUCAGAAAAGAUCACAGAUGUGGGUACCACCUGCUACCGGCCACCAGAGAUCCUAUUUGGGCACAAGGCGUACGGAACAGCCCUUGAUAUCUGGGCUGCCGGAUGUGUGGUGGCAGAAGCGAUUGCAGUGGGCCAUCGCCAGCUGUUUGAUGCUGGACCUAUUGGCAGUGAUCUGUCGUUGAUUUUCUCCAUCUUCAAAAUCAUGGGAACUCCAGAUGAAGAGCGCUGGCCAGAAGUCACCGUCUUGUCGGAUUGGGGAAAGGUUGAAUUUCACCAUUUUCCCCCGCAAGCUUGGGAAGAUAUCCUACCCGCUGCAUCUUCCAAUGGGCGCGAUUUGGUCGCUCGUCUGCUGUGCUACGAGAGCAGUCUUAGACCUACUGCUAUAGAGGUAUUUAACCAGACGCAAUAUCUCCUCGUUUGUUCACCAAAAUAA